AUGUCAUUUUUAGUGACGAAAGUUACUUUAUGUCGGUGGAGGCCACAGCAAGGCAUGUUUGGCGACGCAUCAGCGCAAGAUAUGAUGCUAGCAACAUUCAAGAGAGCCAGGAGCGGCAGGGUUGGAGUUAAUUACUGGGGCUGGAUGUCGAGUCGCGGCCCAGGGGAACUAGUAAGGGUGAACGGCAAGUUGAAUGACAGGGAAUAUGUAUUACUUCUACAAGAUGUGAUGCUGCCAACAGUAAGAGCCAUGGCAAUCCAUGACAACGAACCCAUCAUCUUUGUCCAGGACAAUAGCCCCAUACACACCGCCCACAUUGUGACCGAGUGGUGCAGGAGGCACCCUGAAAUGCAGGAAAUGGACUGGCCUGCCAAAAGCUGUGAUAUCAACCCCAUAGAAAAUCUAUGGGUGAUUAUGAAACAAGAAAUAAAGAUGGGACCAGAACGGACAUGCGAUGCUAUUGACCGAUCAGUGAGAGAGGAGGAUGUUGGACUGGGCAAAAGUGAACUUGUGAUCACGGCGGAGGUCAAGAAUCGAAGAAGAUUAGCAGGGAUUCCUUCGACAGACCUUGAUCCUCCAGAAGAACCGCAGGAACUCGUCGAGGACCUGGACUCUUUCAUUCAUGUUGGCGUACAGGACAUAUCCUCUUAUAAUAUGGCGGAUUCUCGUGAUCCGGAAAUCGUGAUUGUACAACGUAACAGCUUUGUUACGUCAGCCUUUGCCGUCGCCAUCCCUGUGAUGGCAUUGUUGGCAGGCUUGGCGUUUGCUGUUUACUGUUUUCACAAGAUUAAAGGAACGCGAGAUCUUGACGUCUUGGAUAUUAGUGAAGAAACCAUACUGGAAGACAGUAUGGAAACUGAAGAUCUCGAUGAUAUGGAACAACUGGACGAGACUGAUGACGACUCAGGCACCGACUUUGACGAAGUGGCUAGACUGGAAGACAGUCUAAACAUGGAACAACUCGACGAGGCUGAUGACGACUUGGAUACUGACUGUGAUAAAGUUGACGAAGUAGUUAGACUAGAAGACAGUCUAAACAUGGAACAACUCGAUGAGACUGAUGACUUGGAUACUGACUGUGACGACGUUGACGAAGUGGCUAGACUGGAAGACAGUCUAAAUAUGGAACAACUCGACGAUUAUCUUCUUCACCAAAUUGAAAAACUUCUAGAUGACAAAUUGCAUUUAGAGGAAGAUUUAAGAUUAGCUCAAAAUAAAGUGCAAACGCUGGAAAAGGUAAAUGAAGAACAGACGGAUACAAUAACGACAUUGGAGAGUCAUCUGGAUGAGAAAGAUCUCUUGCUCAAGAAGAGAGACGAAGAGGAAAGAGAGAGGGAACUGUUCUUCCAGCAGGAGAUAGCUGAGAAGCAGAGAGAGCUGAAGGCCACUCAACAGAAGGAAACAGAACUCUGCCUCAAAUUAAAAGAAUCCGAAAAUAUGAAUCAGUUGCUUGAUUUGGAAAACGAAGAGAUCUGUAGGAUGAAUGAAGACCUUAAGAACGAUUUACUUGAGAAAGAGAAGGAAGUCGACCUUCUGAAAGAAUCCCUCAACCUUAAAACUAAGGAAUUGGAGGAAGGUCAAGACAAACGGGAAAUAAUGAAGAGACGUUUGGAGGAAACUGAAGAGGAUAACUCUUCUCUCCAAGAAAAACUGAGGCUCGCUGAAAAAGAGAACGUAAGUAUCCAGCAGGAUGUCCUGAUUAUGCAGGACGAAAAUCAAAAGCUCCAGUCACUUCUCAGCCAAGCAGAAUCUGUGGCCAUCUUGACAAAUGAAAUCUUAAACGCUGAGAAAACAAGUCAUGAGUUACUAGGAGACGAGCUUCAAGUCAUGAAGAACUGGGUGGCUGAACUAGGCGGAGAAAACGCCAAGAUGAAAGGAGAAUUAAAAGAAAAGACACUGUACAUAUUGUUACUAGAGAAAUCAUUAGAAACUGAGAGACGAAAUAACAAUACUCUGCAGGAUGCUCUCCAUCGUCUGAAAGAAAUAGAGAACUUGCUGGAAGAAGCGAAGAAAAGAAAGAGGGAGAAAGACGAGGAGGUCGAAAGGCUGCAGAAAGAUAAUGAAGUCUAUCGAGAACAAAUUUUGAAAAUAUGGAGAGAAGCUGGAAAAUAA